UAAACAUAUACCAUGUACUAUGUUAGCUAUUAUAUAUGCUUCUUCUUACCUUUCGUUCGGCUGCUGUAUUCAGUAAACAAACGCUUCAUAGCAACCGUUGCUAGGAACAGUUUGUGUACGAUCCAAGGCGUAAACGAAGGACAUGAACUUGGAAUUUCCACAUCACCAAGAAAAUGUCUGCAGACGAUUCUCCUUAUAAACAAGCAUUCUCUCUUUUUGACCGCCAUGGAACUGGAAGCAUUCCCAAGGGUUCCAUCGGCGAUUUAUUGCGCGCUUGCGGUCAAAAUCCAACUUUGGCUGAAAUUACUGAAAUUGAAUCGACUCUUCCUGCCGAAGUCGGUAUGGAUCAAUUUCUUCAGGUCUUGAAUCGUCCUAAUGGCUUUGAUAUGCCCGGUGAUCCUGAGGAAUUCGUCAAGGGGUUCCAAGUGUUUGACAAGGAUGCUACUGGCAUGAUUGGCGUUGGUGAAUUGCGCUAUGUUUUGACUUCUUUGGGUGAAAAACUCACAAACGAGGAAAUGGAUGAGCUCUUAAAGGGUGUUCCAGUCAAAGACGGGAUGGUCAACUAUCAUGAUUUUGUCCAAAUGAUUCUUGCCAAUUAAAAUACGCGAGGUCAUCGGUCUUACUUGCCUUACGCCCUUUAUGCUCUAUUUUAGAUCUGCCUUUCUUUUUAAUCUCCUUUACCUUACUUAGCACUUGACUUUUUAGACGGUAUGGUACGGCCAGCUCUUCCUUUUUCUUUCAUCUAGGUUUUUUCCCAGUGAAAUGUAAUUUUAUGUCUACCAAAUAAUAUGCAUCUCUUGUCAGUUUCAUUAAAUACUUUUCGUACAAUCUAUUAGAAGCGUCUUCAUUUUUUUAUCUCCUUCCAUAGCUUUUAAAGACAUGGUGAUCUUUAGGUAGUUGCGCUCAUUAAUAAGUUAUCUGUAAAUAG